CAAACAUGCCAACUGUGUGGUCUCCCACCGCACACGCCAGCUGUAGAAUUGUAGGAGGGGCUUUACCAGAUAAGGAUGGCAUUAGGUUGGGUCGACCGUGUCCUGUGGAUUAUUGUAAUCCAGAUUUUGUAUGAGUGCUGGUUUGCUUGUUCUUUGCUUGCUCAGUUGUGUCCUGCAUGUGUGGAGGCUGCAAGAUGGCUCUCAACGUGCGUCCUUUCCUGCCCACUCUGCUUUUGAUGGCAACUCACGUCAUCCUGAGCAGCUAUGCUCAAGAGGCGACUGUGUCUGAAGCAUGGACCAGCAGGUCGUGCAAAUGCGACUGUGAAGAAGGUGUGUCACCAACUGAGUUCUCCUCCUUUGGCUCCUCUUCAGUGAGGGGAGUGGACUGCAUGCCAGAGUGUCCAUACCAUAAGCCUCUUGGCUUUGAGGCUGGAUCAGUGAGUCCGGACCAGAUCACCUGCUCCAAUCAGGACCAGUAUAGCGGAUGGUUCUCCUCUUGGCUCCCAAACAAGGCUCGCCUCAACAGUCAAGGAUUUGGCUGUGCAUGGCUCUCCAAGUUCCAAGACAGCAGCCAAUGGCUGCAGAUCGACCUGAGGGAUGUUAUGGUGGUCUCGGGAAUCCUCACUCAAGGUCGCUGUGAUGCCGACGAGUGGGUGACCAAAUACAGUGUGCAGUACCGCACGGACGAAAAACUCAACUGGAUCUUUUACAAGGACCAGACUGGGAAUAACAGGGUGUUUUACGGGAACUCCGACCGCUCCUCGUCAGUGCAGAACCUCCUGCGGCCGCCCAUUGUGGCGCGCUACAUCCGCAUCCUCCCCUUGGGCUGGCACACACGCAUCGCUCUGCGUCUGGAGCUGCUGCUCUGCAUGAACAAAUGUGCCUGAGCCUCGAAUCCUGUUCUCCUCGAGGCCUUCACCUCCGACCUCCUCUGUCCAAACACUCUAAAUGUAUGUGUAAACCUUGAUUAUUUUUGAAUCCUUCCAUUACAGUUGUAUGAGGGUCAUUCCAGGAUUGGAGAACAAUUUAGGCACUGAUAUCGUGAAACGACAGACAAUUGAUUUAUUCUUUUUUUUUUUUU